AUGGAGAAUGAGAAUAGUUUGAUGUCAUUAAUUGAAAUGAUUGUAGAAAUGGUUACGAAGGAGGUUGUGAAAAAUUUAAAGGAGGUGAGAUUUAAACAAUGGAAAAAUAGAAGAUCACGCCUAUGUUAUAAAUGUCGAAAGGUGGGCCAUAUUGCUCGUUUUUGUCUACAACAAACCCGUAGUGGUGAUUCAAGAGAUGAUAAAAUCGAUGAGUAUUAUGUACGACAUGUAAUGAAAACAUCAGAAAAGGACGAUAAUGAAUUAAAACGUACUAUAAAAGAACAAGUGAUGAGAUCACCUUCGAAAGGAGAUAUUGGGAUUGAUGGAUUCAAUGGUGUU